GCCAGGACUUGGCUUUGGAAAGCUGUUGGCGUUUUGCAAGGGCAGGAAUGUUUUGGGGGCCCGAACACCAGAGGGAGUGAAGCCGAUUUUAGCUCUUCAAGCAGCACGGGCAGUAUUUCAGCACCUGAAGUCCAUAUGUCUGCUGCUGGAAGCAAAAGAUCUUCUUUUUCUCGCAACCGUGGCCCUUAUGGUCGGAAUAAUGGAUCCUUAUCCUGCAAGUCUGGAGCCAGCCCACCUGCUUCCCGUGAAAAGGACCCUUUUUCAACUCUGUGCAAAAACCAGCUGAGUCCUGCUAACAUCCAUCAGAGUUACAAGGCUUCUUCAGCCAGCAGCAGCAACUCAGGCUCAUACAAAGGAAGCGACAGCAGCCCAGUGAUGAGGCGAUCAGGGAGAUACAAUUCUUGUGGUGACAAUCACAGCAUUAAGCCACAAAAUCCAGAGCAGUAUUUGACUCCUCUGCAGCAGAAGGAAGUUACAGUACGGCAUUUGAAAACAAAGCUGAAGGAAUCUGAGAGCAAACUUAAAGAAAGGGAAACAGAAAUAGAAGAGCUCAAAGCUCAGCUGGGACGGAUGAGGGAAGACUGGAUUGAAGAAGAGUGUAAUCGUGUGGAGGCAGAGCUGGCCUUAAAGGAAGCAAGAAGCGAAAUUAAACAACUCAAGCAGGUUAUUGAAACCAUGAAAAACAGCUUGGCUGAGAAAGACAAAAAAAUUCAGAAAUACUUCAUAGACAUAAACAUUCAAAACAAGAAACUGGAAUCUUUGCUGCAGAGCAUGGAGAUGGCUCAGAACAGCUCUGUGACGGAUGAGCAGUGCCUGGAGUACACGUGUGACUCAGAGGGGAAGCCGUUAGUGUGUGCCACAAUGCCAGACAGCCUCAUCACAGAGGACCAAGCUCUGGAGGAAGUGGCAGAUAGUGGGCUGCUCCUUAAUGAGGACACAGCUAAUGGGAGUGAUUCAUCUGAAGAGAGUUUGACCACCACAACCUCUGAGUUGAGUGAUCCAGCUCCCUCCAGUUCUGCUGUGAAUAAAGAGAUGCUUGAAAAUGUUCUGGAUGAACAACUAACUUCUUCCCAGGAGGAGGAGAAAAGCAGCAAUGUGAUGGUGGAACAGGCCAUCCAGACUGACGUGGUGCCAUAUAGCCUAGAUGUGGAGCAGCUCAUUCAAAACAUCUUCAGAGCUCAAGAUGCCUGUCCUCUAAGCCCACCUUCUUCACUGAAGGAAUUGGGUGAAUUUUCUCUUGGAAGCUUCAGUGAUUCUGGUAUCAUAGUGGACUUAACUCCAAGUGAUCCAAACUCUGCCAUUCUUUUGUCUCCUAUGGAGUCUCCAUGCAGGAAGGUGGAGCAUGUAGCUAAUGAAAACCGUUUCAUGAAAGAACUUGAUUUUACGGAACCUCAUGAUGAUGAAGCCUUUGGGUACAUCCAUACUGUCUCUCAGACAGAUAUAAAGAGGAGAUACUGGAGCAGCAGUCUCCUCAGAGAUGUUCUGGCUGUAGCAGCCCCUGUUGUACCAACUAUCAUGUGGGCUUUCAGUACUCACAGAGGAGGAACAGAUCCCAUUUACAAUAUCGGAGCAUUGCUUCGUGGUUGCUGCCUGGUGGCCCUGCACUCUUUACGCCGUACACCCUUCAAUAUCAAAACCUAAAGUCCACUCUGUCCCUGGGCACCAACUGGCUGAGGCAGGCAGAAAGAGGGAUGAGAUAGGUUGUAAAAAGUUAUUGUAUAUUCUGGCAGAGUCCAUCAUUUUGCUUUUGACUAUGUGAUUUGCACUAUAAGUUGGUUCAAAAACAUUUUCCUUGUUUCAAAAUGAAAAA